AUGCUUAGAGUUGGAAAGUGGCUCGAUCGAGGCCGGUCCUAUGCCAAUGCCUCAACACAGAGCCUGGAUUCUCUGGCAGAAUCUCAAAAUCUGGAGACGGCGCUCCGAGCUGUCGAGCUGGUUCUGAAUGAUGACAUUGCGGGAGCGGAACGGGGCCUCGCGGAGGGGAACUCGCCCUUCCACAAACUCGCCAAAGGAACCCUGGGCUUCAUGAAGGCUACGUUGGGCUUCGAGCAAGAAGUCAUGAAAGAAGCCCAGGAGACGCUGGCCGAAGCCGAAUCCAGCGCAUCCGCCGGCUAUACCAGAGCUCAACAUGAUCCCCGUGCUUUCGUCUCCAAUAUAUACGACAAGGGCUCCGAGUUUGCACUGUGUCAGGCCGAGGCUCAGAUCAUGUCGGCUGUUGUCGGAGUGCUCAAUGAAAGUCUGACAGAGUCCAUUAGAGGCUUUUACAAAUUGAGGAAAGCUUACAUGACCCUGGACCAUUUGGUGCAAAUGGAAAUGACGUUCAUGAAAAAUCGAGCGUUGCGGAGCGUGCCUACGUCGAGAACACAGUCCAUGGAGAGUCUGAAUAUAACUCCCAAAAAGCCUGCCGGAUCUCGGCCGACUCAACCAUCUGCACUGCGUCAAGCCGAGGUCGUCGACGAUCUCUCAGAAAAUGACUCUAACGAAGAGUUCCAUGAAACGGAUGUGAUUCACGAACAGAACCCAAUGACCCAGGCUUAUACGGGUCGCUUGGAACUCGAAGCAGAGGCGGAGGACAUGUCUGAUUUGGACCGCAAAAUUGAGGAGGUGAACCUUACUCAUCCAUCGAGCGAGUUGCAGGCUGAAGGAGUGAUGAAGCCUCCUCCUCCCACCACCCUGGGCAUGCUUACAGAAAACGCGGAUUCAGAAAUCUUUUCCGAUUCUCUCGACGCUUUUAUCCACUCUGGCACCAAUCUUAUGUCCGGAAUCCUGUCACUGCUGAUCUCGGUCAUACCUCCCGCCUUCAACAAACUGUUGUAUAUCAUCGGAUUCCGGGGCGACCGCGAGAAAGGGAUUCGAAUGCUGUGGCAAGCGAGCAAAUUCGCGAACAUCAACGGCGGCAUGGCAAGCCUGGUCUUGUUUGGCUGGUACAACGGACUGGUCGGGUUCUGCGACAUCAUUACCGACCCCGACCCAUCUCAGCCAGACGAUGUGGAAGGAUACCCUACCGCCCGCCUCGAGGCUCUGUUGGCCGAGAUGCGAAGGCGAUAUCCCAAAAGCCGUCUCUGGCUUGUGGAAGAAGCUAGGAUGGCAGCAUCCAAGAGACGACUUGACUCUGCAUUGGAGAUUCUCUCGGUGACGAACAAGAGUUCACUUAAGCAGGUUGAGGCCCUCCACAUGUUCGAAAAGAGUUUAAGCGCAAUGAAUGCCCACCGAUACCAACUUUGCGCCGAUUCAUUUCUUGCUUGCGUCGAUCUCAAUGCUUGGUCUCGCGGUCUUUACUUCUACAUCGCCGGUGCUGCCCAUCUCAGCGCUUACCGGUAUGACAAAGGUCUUUCGAAGGGAGAAGCAGCAAAGCAUGCGAAGCUGGCAGAAGAGUACUUCAAAACCGCACCCACAAAAGUCGGCAAGAAGAAAAUGAUGGGCAGACAGCUUCCAUUCGACGGAUUCGUGGUACGGAAGAUUGCAAAAUGGGAGGAGCGUGCGGCAAGGUGGAAGUGCAAUUUCAUUGACGCUGUGGGAGUCAGUCCGCUGGAGGAGAUGAUUUUCUUCUGGGCGGGUUACAAGAAAAUGAACGCCGACCAGCUGCAAGAUUCACUGGACAACCUUGCUUGGUCCGAGAACGCCGCACGUUGGCCGCAAGAGGAUGCUGACGAGCGUGCCAUUCUUGCUGUCCUAAGAGCUGUCAUCCUGAGAAAUCUGCGCCGACACGACGAGUCCAAAGAUCUUCUCAGCCACAACGUUCUCAACCGAAGCUCAUCCGACUUUAUUGGACAGUACAAGAAUGACUGGAUGGUGCCAACGGCGCACUAUGAGAUGGCCGUAAACCUUUGGAUGCAGAGAACCGAGUACAGCCGUAUCCACGGGACUAAAUUCGUGGCGGAUCCGCACGAAAAAGUCCCUCCUGUCUCCUUGAAGCACGAUGCAGUGCUGGUAAAGGAGUGUCAGAAUCAUCUCGAGAAGGCCAAGGGCUGGGGGAAAUACGAGCUUGAUGCGCGCCUGGGGAUGAAGAUUACGGCCGCCCUCAACGCUGUGAAGAAUUGGGAGACGAAGCAUGCCACCGCUCUCAAAUGA